UGCAGGCAGGCUGUCAGUUCCAUCUGCAUAGCUCAUUGGUGUGAAGUAGAGGUUUCUGCAAUUAACAGGCUUCGUGAUCACAAGACAGAAGCAGGAGCUGUAAAUAGAAAAGGAAGAAAAACAGAUGCACCACGGCAGAUAAGGACCCAAGUGAUCAUCGGUGGAGCCUUUGAGAAAAUGGAGAAAGCUUCAGACUAUGAAAAACCUCAAUAUGGAUGCAGUCCCCAUUGCAGUGCUACUUGUUGGACAGCUUUCAUUCCCAGAGUGAGGACCCGAGUCUCCCAGCCUCACACUCAGCCACAGCCACCCAGACAGCCAGGCUGAAAGGCAGAGAGAGAGAGAGAGAGAGAGAAGGGGAUGGAGGGAGGAGUCUCGUUAAGGAGCUCUAUCCCCUGACUGUGUCUGCUACGUGAGUGGUUGAGCAAGGGAGAGAGAGAGCAUCAGAGAGAAAGAGAAGGAGGGGGGGCAAGUGAGGGCUGAAGAGACUGAGAAUGGAUGGGCAACGAGAAACCGUGCGAGCGAGAGAGAAAGAGUGAGCGUGUGCAUGCUCAGAGUCAGCAGCGAAGACACACAAAGUCUACAAGCUCACAUCAACAAGAGAGCGUGUGAGGCAGAGCUGUGAGGCAGAGCUGACCACUGGCAACUCUGAAGAGUGACACAGAGGGGAAAGAGACAAAGAGAGAGACAGAGAAGAAGAAGAAGAAGGAGCAGCGGAGGAAGAGAAGGACUGAAGACAGACUACCAGCCUUCCACUGGUAAAGGGAGACACCACUGAGGGACUGUAGCAUCCGCCCCCCCCCCCCAACAGCACAGAGGAGCACUGUCUCAUCUCGUGCAUGUGUUUGUGCCUGCCAACUUCAAUUUCACACUCGCCCACUGUUUUUUGUAGGUUUUGCCCUCUCCACUCCCCAGUCAUGAUCCCUUGGGUCCUUCUGCUCCUGUGGAUCGCCGGACAUGAUGCAGAGGCCAUGUUUUCCCAGCAGCCACAGGACCUGGUGGUGGUAGCAGGCCAGCCUGUGACAUUACCGUGCACUAUCCCUGGUUACCAUGGCGUUGUCCUGUGGAUCAAAGAUGGGCUGGCGCUGGGAGUUGGCAGAGACCUCUCUGGCUAUCCACGUUACACAGUGAUUGGCGACCACGGUUCAGGGGAGCAUCAUUUGCGAAUCCAGCGUGUCGAGCUGAUGGAUGACGCUGUGUUUGAGUGCCAGGCUGUCCAGGCUGCCAUGAGGUCCCGUCCUGCCCGUCUCACUGUGCUGGUUCCCCCAGAGGACCCAGUCAUCAGUGGAGGGCCGGUGGUGAGCCUACGGGCUGGCGACCCACUCAAUCUGACCUGCCAUGCUGACAACGCCAAGCCAGCAGCCUCAAUCAUCUGGAUCCGCAAUGGAGAGGUCCUUAAUGGGGCCAUGUACUCCAAGACCUUGCUCCGGGAUGGCAGAAGAGAAAGCACCGUGAGCACCCUCUACCUAUCGCCUUCCAACAUCGAGACAGGUCAGCAGAUCAUCUGUAAGGCCUCCAACAAGGCAGUCCCCAAUGGCAAGGAGACCAGUGUCACAAUUGACAUCCAGCAUCUCCCACUUGUCAAUCUCUCAGUGGAACCUCAGCCUGUUCUGGAGGGUAACCUCGUGAAAUUCCACUGCUCUGCAAAGGCCAACCCUCCUGUCACACUCUACAGGUGGGCCAAAGGAGGAAGUAUAAUCAAGGAGGUCUCUGGAGACACGUAUGAGGUCAUUGUGGACCACUCCUUCUUUACAGAACCUGUUUCCUGCGAGGUCACCAACCCUCUCGGCAGCACCAACAUUAGUCGCAAUGUUGAUGUUUACUUUGGCCCUCGCAUGGCUGCGGAGCCUCAGUCCUUGCAAGUGGACCUUGGAUCUGAUGCUGUGUUCAACUGUGCAUGGACAGGAAAUCCCUCUCUUACCAUAGUGUGGAUGAAGAGGGGAUCUGGAGUGGUUCUUAGCAAUGAGAACCUCCUGACACUGAAAUCUGUGAGACAGGAGGAUGCUGGGAAAUAUGUUUGCCGCGCUGUGGUCCCCCGUGUAGGAGCAGGGGAGAAGGAGGUUUCUCUCACUGUCAAUGGGCCACCUACUAUUUCCAGCACACAGACUCAGCAGGCUUUACAUGGAGAAAAAGGACAAAUCAAAUGUUUCAUUCGAAGUACACCUCCUCCAGACCGCAUUGCUUGGUCAUGGAAGGAAACUGUACUGGAGUCUGGAACAUCCGGCCGCUACACCGUGGAGACGGUCACCACAGAGGAAGGAGUAAUCUCCACACUGACCAUGAGCAACAUUGUUCCGGCCGACUUCCAGACCAUCUACAACUGCACCGCGUGGAACAGCUUUGGCUCUGACACCGAGAUCAUACGCCUCAAGGAACAAGGUGGGAGCCAAGAAUCUCUCCCAGUGGCGGUGAUCAUCGGCAUUGCUGUGGGAGCUUUUGUGGCCCUUAUUGUCCUCAUGGGCACCAUUGGAGCGUUCUGUUGCACUCGCUCCCAGAGAAAGGAAGCGCACCUGGUUAUGCCCUCACUGCCCGUCUCCAUCUGUGCUCACCAGAGAGAACUUGCAAGCAAAAUUAAGACAGAAAAUCUGAAGGGAGUCGUGUCGGCGAAAAAUGACAUCCGCGUGGAGAUUGUGCACAAAGACCACAAUGCAGCGCGAGAAAACGAAGAACACACCUCCAUGAAACAACUGAUGGUGAGUGUUGAACGUGGAGAGUUCCAGCAGGAGUCUGUUCUGAAGCAGCUCGAGGUAUUACAAGAGGAAGAGAAGGAGUAUCAGCACAUUAAGGACCCAACAAAUGGCUAUUACAGUGUUAAUACCUUCAAGGAGCACCACACACCUACCAUGACAGGGAAUCAAUCCACUGAGGUGAGAAACCCCGCCAACACAGGUACCCUGGGCAAGCAGCGAGUACCAACGGGCAUGUCCUUCACCAACAUCUACUCCACUCUGGGAGCAGGCCCCAACCGCCUGUAUGACUACAGCCAACGUUUCGUGCUGGGCAUGGGAAGCAGCUCCAUUGAGCUAUGCGAGCGGGAGUUCCAGCGUGGCUCACUCAGCGACUCAAGCUCCUUUAUCGACACGCAGUGUGACAGCAGCGUCAGCAGCUACAGUAAGCCGGACGGCUACGUGCAGUUCGACAAAGACAGCAAGGCAUCAGCCUCUUCCUCCUCCCACUAUUCCCAGUCCUCCUCGCAGAACUCAGACCUCACACGGCCUCUCCAGAAGCGUAUGCAGACCCACGUCUGACCACCAGGGAGGGAGGGUGUUUGAGGGAGUAACAAGCAGCCAGGAUUGUAAAACUGUGAAAGAAUCAGCUCCCAGGAGCACCUGAAGUAACUGUGUUACUGUGUGUUUCCUCUGGAUGCCAGGAGACGCCGGGGUUGGCUUUAACACACCAUGUGACUUGUUUAGACUUCUCAAUGUCCCAAAAAGUGGAUCAAGAAGCCUUAUAUUCCUCACGCUUAACUCAUCAACCACCUCCUUUUUUUAAACCCAUAAUCAGAAUUGUGCCACAGAGAGGUUAUUUGCCAACGCAGAGAAGACACAUGUUUGGAAUCUGAACAUUCAAUACUUGUUUUUUACAGUGGGAUUGUUAGCAGACUGGAGGGCAUGAAUACGAGGCUUUUGUGUGACAAUCAGCUCCCCUGGCAAAGACCAUUUUUGCCUUUUGAAGAUUGUCAUUCAGAAAAACUGAGAUUGCUGUUAGGAGCGUUGAAGCACUCAGCACGAACGGCACGAUAAUGAGUGCGAGCCAAUGUCCUGCUGCUCUCCCAUAGUCUGAAGCACAAAAAUGAAUGUGCACGUGGUUUUAGUUGUUAAAAUGAUAACUCUUCCCUCCCCCCACCUUCCCUUCAGACAAUGUAUGUUGAGCUUGGCUUGUUGAAACUCGUCUCCUGUGUAGGUGGAAGAAAACUUUCUCCGUGUGCCCACAGACGUCUCAAGCGUUGAGAAGAACGGCUGUUUUUCUCUCUGCAGCUGUAUCUGGGCCACAGAGCUGAGCAGAUAAAGAGGGCCUGAGAUCUCAUUUUAAAUCCCUGAGUCAUUAUUUUACUUUGACACUCUGCGAUAAAAGAAUAUCAGUGUACAUAUGUGACUGCAGUUUCUUUUCUAGCAUCUAAUUUCUAACUCUGAUUUCCCUCAUGGAGGACUUUAAAUGAGACACGAGCGCCUCUUCUUUUUCCAUAUCUUCUUUGCCUUGAGGGUCUGUUUGAACUAUGUCAAUACAAACUUUGACUAAGUGAGAUAGACAUACACUAUCAGCUCUUCUGUUGAUGGGGAGCUGCAUCCUUCACGGUGUUACAGCACCAAACCUGUCUCCGAGGCACGCAGCAGGGAAGCCCACAAACUGCAACAUGUGUUGUGCUUGUGAGUUUCUCCUGCUAAUGCCACAGAUCAUCAGCCAUAUACUUGGGGGUACCUGUUGAAUGAAAUGUAAACAUUCUAUUUUAGCCGAGCUUCUUAUCGUGUGGCUAUCCCAUUGCUGUUGUCAAUUUCACUGUUGACACAGGAGCUUAAUGCAUCCUGACUGUAUACCUACCUGUGAUCGUGUUGGUCAUCAAGGGACAUGACAAGCAAAUUUAGAAAAUGUGUUUUUAUUUUGCCGUCUGCUGUUCAUUUUUGGCUACUGUGGAGCUGAUGGUGGCACGCUGAUGCUUUUCAAGUGCAUCGUUUUAUUUUGUUCUGUUCAGCACUAUAUGUGACGUAUAUGAAAUUGGAUUUAUUAUUUAAUCACUGACACUGUAUUUGUUUUAGUUGAGAUUAGAGACAGAGAGUAGUGAUUUAACUUGCAGCUACACAAACACUCAUAAUUCAUAUAAAGUUUCAAAGUGAGCCUGUCGUCAUAAGUCAUGCACUGUGCACGUUUUGUGGCAGAGCACAUAGGAAGUUUUGCUUUUUUUGCAGUACCAAACACUGGAAUCCCAUUACAGAUGUGUGCAUAGUGCAGACACUGUAAAGCUGUUGGGCUGAGUGUUUUAUCUUUAUCUCAGCAUGGAUGUUACCACACACUGCACUGCGUCAAGGUAAAUUCAGACCUCUAAAUCAGAUGUAAACCCAACAAAGUCUGUGAUCAGAGGACACUGUGCUGAAGCAGACUUUGAUUGAUAAGGGCAACUCUUUACAGCAAACAGAUCAUUUCAGUUGCAUAAUAUAUUACAUCGCAUUUGAUUUUAUCCAUCAAAAGCCUCACACCUUCGUGGGUUUUCAAGGUCUGUUCCACCCAUAUGUUACAGAAUCAGCUUGGUUGUUAUGUGAUCAGUUCUUUGAAGGGCAAAGACAAGUACCUGGAAAAUAACAGUAAAAUUCUGUUAAACAGUCAUGAAAACAAUGGCUCACAAUGUCAAUGUCACUUCUGUUUUGUCAAUUCAAAAACAAAAAACAUAUCACAAAGUAUGAACGGUUAUGAUGUAUAUUAUCUAAUUAGGUAGUUAUUCAGUAUAUUCCGUAGUGCAGCAGUCAAUUGGCAGGAAGUGAGCCUGAAACUAUGAAAUCUGCCACUCAACCUAUGAAAAACCAAGCAAGGCAGCUCUAACAACAGCAAGUUGUUGUUGUGAGCACUUUACAUAUGAUUAUAUUCAAGGCAAUUGAAUGGGGUUUUCCACUUGAGUGGCAGUGGUUUGGACUCUAAUUUUACAAAUGGAUUGGUGCCCAUUGUACAGCUUAAGACAAAAAGCUCUGUUUCAAUGCUGAUAAUCCAGCUUGGCACUUAGCAGACUGUAUAUAAAUCUCUAAUGCUGUCUUUCUCUGUAUAUAAUUUCUCCUGGCUUUUUCUUCCUUUCUCAGUCAGAUUUCACUGUAUCAGAGCUCAACAAAUCCAUGUGGCGUCAAAACUGUACAGACAGACAAUCAUUUUUCUCUUUGUUUCCCUUCCAGAAAUGUUAUCAACCUUGCUUGUUUCUCACAAAUUACAUGAAAGGCUUGUGUGAGUAGUUUCUCUUCCCCCAGAUCUCACGGGGACAACUCAUAGUCUGUACACCGAGCACACAGGAGGCUAUAGGCUGAGAAGCUGAGCUUAGCUGGGACAGCUUUGAAGUGAGAUGCAGUAAGAGGUUAUUAUACCUUCAGCCCUUCUGAGAGAUGCCCAGAUGCUCAGCAAUAUAUUGCAUUUGGCACCAUGAUGACUGUCAAGUAUGCCUGUGCCAUUUUUUUAUUUAUUUCCCUUAGCAUUUAUGAGUGCAGCACAAAAUUCUUACCUUGAUAUUGGCAGGAGUCAAUUACAGUGUAGAUGCUACAGUGUGAUGUAAUCUGCAUGGGACAAGAUACAAUUUUCAUUUAUAUUAUAAUUUGGAUGUAUUAUGCAUCAUUUUACAUCCACAGUAUCAGAAUUCAGAAAUGUUCCCCACUCAAAACUUACCAUAAGGCAGACAUUCAGCAUGUCUCUGCCUGAAAACAAAACAAAUUUGCCCUCAAAUCCAAAGGAUCCGGUUUUCCUUAUCUGAUGCAGCUCCCGCACUGAUCCUAACAUAAUGCAUUUUCCCAGUCCAGAGAAUCUGCACACUGCACAGCAAACAGAUAAAUAUUUGAUAGGCCAGCCUUCUGUCCCAUCCCCCCAUGGCAGCAGCUACAGCGGGCACGAGAGUAACAGAGGAUGUGAGUGCCAUGUCGGUCUUUGGGAAUCAAAGCCCAUGUGGGGACAAAGUCUGCCCUGCUCACCUGUGGGUGCCUCUCCGGCUGGUGCUGGCAGCGCCUGUUUGCCUGGCUACAAGCACAGCGCAGAUGCCAGGGCAUAACAGAUGAAUAAACACAAAGACCCAGAACAAUUACAAGGGGUUGCUGCCCUUUCCUGAUAAAACAGAGCAACCCUUUCAGAGUAGAGGCUGCAGGGUAGUCUGUUAUUCAGAGAUGCUAAAGACUAACCUGUAGUUCACUGGAUAGGUACUUUUCUAAGGUGAGAGAUAGAGGUUAUGAGCAGUGUGAAGUGAAGACUGGUUGGUAGGUGUUUGUAAUGGCUUCUCUGCCCACUGGCUAUAUUAUAUUUGUUUACUACACAAAACUUAUUGCUUGUUCUAAAUAAACUGGAAAAAGAAAAGGAUAAAGAAAUGCUGAACAUUAGCACUGUCAAUAUCUCACCUAUGUGUGCAAUGGGUGGUUAUAUGAGGCUUUUGAAGUCUCCCCCGUGGUAUGACAGGUGUUGCUGUCCAUGAUGGAACACAUUAGAGAUGGUGCCAUUUGAGAUAUUGAAUUGAUCAUAAGUAACCCUUCUUUCUUUACUGUGUAAAUGCUUUCUAUUACUCUGUUUCUCUCUUUCUCUCUCACUUCUUUUCUUUUCUACCAAUCAGUACCUUGUUAGUACUUUAAUAACAUACUACUGUAAGACCUGGACUAAGUAGUAUUUGUAAAUAAUCAUCAGAGCUUGCUUUAGCCUGCAAGGCUCACCGGGAAUCAGUGUGGGUUGGUUUGCACCGUACAGUGUACAAUAAGUCACAGAAAAUUGAAAGAAUCACUGAAAAGCAUUUGAAAGUCAAAUAAGUAUGCUUCUCUGUGAUUGGUUGAAUUGUUCUGCAUUCCAACUAAUGCAAACUAGGUUGCAAAUACUACAUGACCCAGGUCUAAAAAAAGUACUUACUUACAUGGUCAUUUGAAGAGUUUGUAUAAAUAGUGAACCAUAAGCAUACAGUAAUUGUAACGAAAAGACAACAUGUAAAUUCUACUGGGUAAACCACUAUUUUCAGGCAGUGGACCUCUGUAUCUAAGAAAAAAAAGAAAAAAGGUUGUAUUUUAACUGUUCUGGUCUGUGAAUCUAUGAUGCUUUUGCUCUGUAUAUUUGGAGAAUAAAAAAUGAUGUUUGA